CCCAGGAUGUUCGCCCAGCAACAGCAGCGGGAGCCGACGCCGCCUCCUCGGGGCUGAGUUGUCCGCCGGCCCACGAGGCGGGCGUUGGGUCGUUCCCUUUCUCGGGGUUUCCCUCCCGGCCAGGAGGGGCCGAAGCAGGGGCAGGGCUGGUCUCCGGCCCCCAGUUCGGGAUUGCGGUGCAUGUUCGCUCCCUGCGAGUGCGUGAGGCGAGGGGGCAGAAGGACCAUGAAAAUGAUCCGGUUCCGGAGCUCGAGCAUCAGGUCGCUGAGCCAGGAGAUGAAAUGCACAAUCCGUCUGUUGGACGACUCGGAGAUCUCCUGCCACAUCCAGAGAGAGACCAAAGGCCAGUUUCUUAUAGAUCAUGUUUGCAAUCACUACUGUUUGUUAGAAAAAGACUAUUUUGGCAUUCGCUAUGUGGAUUCUGAAAAACAGAGGCAUUGGCUUGAGCCCAAUAAAUCUAUCUUCAAGCAAAUGAAAUCUCAUCCACCAUAUACCAUGUGCUUUAGAGUGAAAUUCUACCCUCAUGAACCCCUGAAGAUUAAGGAAGAGCUCACCAGGAUUUAA